UUCCUCAAACCCAGAGAUCCCUGUCUGUGUUAGUGCCGAGUCAGUCUGAUGUUCUGAGCUGACUGGGAGUUGGCACAGAUGUCUGAUGAGGAGCCUCUUGUGUGUAGUGGUCCAAAAAGUGAGUGGACACACCACAGGGCAGCAGGAACAGAUGUGGACCCCACGCUCGUGGAGAACCUCAGGAGAAAGCUCAAAUAUUUCUUCAUGAGUCCUUGUCAGAAGUACAGAGCCAGAGGUCGAAAGCCAUGGAAACUAAUGCUGCAGUUUCUCAAGAUUGUCAUUAUUACUGUGCAGCUAAUCUCCUUCGGACUGAGCAAUGAGAUGAUGGUCACAUUCAAAGAGCAGAAUCUCAUGGCCUUCAGACACUUAUUCCUGAAGAAUUACCAGGACAGUGAUCCAGAUUAUGCCGUAUACACCAAACAUGAUGUGCAUGACCACAUUCAGUACAUUAUCAGAAGGUAUCUCAACCUUCAAAACCUGACUGCUGGUAAUCAUGCGUUGGAGAAGAUCGAUGGGAUGUUCACUCCACUGUCUGUCUGUCAGGAGCUCUAUCGACAUGCUGACAUUUCACCAUCCAAUGAAACCUUUGAUAUUGAUCCUCAUGUAGACACAGAAUGUAUUUCCAUUUACCCAACAACACCCUACAAGAAUGAUUCUUUGGCAAGUGACGUGAACCUUACUAUUGACUUUCAAAGCCUUUUAGCGGUGAACAUAUAUUUCAAAGUUAAGGCUAUAAACCUUCAAACAGUCCGCCAUCAAGAGUUACCCGACUGCUAUGACUUUAACAUUAAUAUUAUGUUUGACAACCACGCACAGAGUGGGCAAAUCCCGAUAUCUCUCAGCAGUGAUGUUCGGAUCAAGGCUUGUAAAAACUGGAAUGUUUCUGGCUCGACACACAUUCACUUCAUACUGAUAGUUGUGUUCGACUGUGUGGUCAUCUGUACCUGCUUGCUGUCACUCGCUCUCUGCACGCGCUCUGUCUUCACAGGCAUUUUCUUACAGUUUGAAUACACAGCACAUGUGUUGAUUCAGCACAGUAAAAGUGUGUCGUGGUCUGAGAGACUGGAGUUCAUCAACGGCUGGUACAUUCUCAUCAUCGUCAGCGACACAUUGACCGUUGCUGGUUCUGUUCUCAAAAUAUGUAUUCAGAGCAAGGAACUGACAAACUAUGACGAGUGUAGUAUUCUGCUGGGCACUGCAACAAUGCUGGUGUGGAUCGGAGUCAUGCGCUACCUCAGUUUCUUUCAGAAGUAUUAUAUCCUCAUCCUCACUCUGCGGGCUGCUCUUCCCAAUGUGAUUCGAUUCUCUCUCUGUGCUGUCAUGAUUUAUCUCAGCUACUGCUUCUGCGGAUGGAUCGUUUUGGGGCCACACCAUGAAAAUUUUCGAACAUUUAAUAUGGCAGCAGACUGCUUGUUCGCUAUGAUUAACGGGGAUGAAAUCUACUCCACCUUCACCAAACUCCGUGAGAAGAACUACCUGGUGUGGGUGUUCAGCGGCCUGUACGUCUACACUUUCAUCCCACUCUUCACUUACAUGGUGCUGAGCCUUUUCAUCGCCAUCAUCACAGAAACGUACGAGACCAUCAAGCAUUAUCAGAAGGACGGAGCAUCAGUUUCAGAGCUGCGGGCUUUCAUAGCUGAAUGCAGGGAUUCACCUGACUCGGGCAAAUACGUGAUGGAUGAAGAAACCUCCAGCUUUUGCUGCUUUUGUGCUGCAUGUACAUAGUGCAGCCGAACCCAUGCAAAGACAUUGAGAGCAGUGCCCUCUUCUGUUCGGCUCGAGAUACUGCAUGAGUUAAUAUAAUGUGACUGCCAGCAAACAAACAAACACUCCUAGAACACUAGUCAUUCAAAGGAAUAUUUGAACCAGAGUUCCCAAAUUCUGAGUCUUCUUCAAUUCAUUUCAUGUCAUUCCAAUAUAAUUUCCUUUUUUGCCAUGAAACACAAAGGCAGAUAUUUCGAUUGCACUGUUUUUAUUUCUGAAUGGCAACUGGCACUUACAAGCUUCAUAAAGCUUUGUAACGCAAUGCUCUUACCGCUGAGCUACACGCAAGGUAAUGCAGAAGAAAGAAAGUCAUUCUCAAAACUAUCCAUUUAACAGCUUACAUGAAAAGAAUACCGUGAAUUACAAAUUAAAUUGAAUAAAUUAAACAUUUGUUUUUUUUAUUCACACAAAACUUUCGUAUGACAAAAAAAUUGGCAUGUGGGGCAUGAGACAUUUGAACUGCUUUUAUGAUACCUUUAUACUGCCUUUGCCUUGUUUUUGAAGCUUCACUUCCCAUUGAUUUUAAUUGCACAGAAAGGAACAACCAGCUAAGUCUUUUUGAGUCAAUGAUGACAGAAUUUUGUGUAUUAUCUAUUGCUUUAAAAUUAUUUGUGCACUUUAUUGUAAAUAUUGUAACCUACAGUAACACUGGGUUCACACCAAACGCGAAUUAAGCGUUUUGCGCGAGUAACUUACAUACAAAGUAAAUGCAAGGUCGCGUAUAGACGCGAAUCGGGCGGCGCGAAUGCGCGUCAAUCUCGUCUUCCGCGAAGGUUGGAAAUAUUGGUCAGGUCGCGUCAUUCACGCGAAACUAACGAACUUUUCCCGCGAGUAAUAAAGAGCAUGGAACGCGAUUGUUCGCGUUUGGUGUGAACCCAGUAUAAUUUAAAUGUAGCCUACAGCAUUAAUGUCUAUAUGAACUUUCUGUGGAAUAAGGACUGUCAUAUUGUACCCUAUUGUUUAUUUAUUACACGGCUCAUUUGAAUGCUUGAUUCUGAUUGGCCAUACUUAUUUGAGUACAGACAUGCUAUACUAGAGGUGGGCAAACUACGGCCCGCGGGCCACACCAGGCCCCCCAAGCAAUUUCAUCCGGCCCACCAGGCGGUUUUUAAAUGUUUUCAAUAACGUUUCAGUUAGGAUUUUGGUGAAAAUUACUAAUUUGAUGUAAUACAGACAAAAUCCAUAGAUGGCGCGAGUCUGCUAUGCAGCAUACUAUAGUAAAAAUGAAAAGAGAGUGAGAAAUGCGCUAAUGCGCUAGCUAGACGGACAUGUUUAAACACUGCGUUCGCGUCUCGUGUAGGGAUGGGGAGUCGACUCCAAAAGAGUCGAUUCCUCGACUCUUAAUGUCCCUAAAGUCGGAAUCGACUCCAAGACAGGAAUGGACUCUCGUCGACUCCGUCAUUUUUAAUGUUGUCAUUGACAUUGACAAUUGUCUUUGUGAUUGGUGCAAAGCAACAAAUAACAUUUAAAAACAAUCAUGUUUAAGGUGAAAGUCAUACCUCCACUCUCUCUGACUGUACACGUUUACAUCUGAUCCAAACACUGCGGUAAUCAGAGCAUGAGAGACGCUUGGUACUCUCACAAAAGGGCACGCAAUAUUUCCUGUUCAUUCUUCACCUUCAAUCCGAUCACAUUAAAUUCUUACAUUCUUAUUAAAAACUCUCCUAUAUUUCAUCUGUCCCUCAUCAAGCUUUUAUUUCUCUAAACAGCUGUUAAGACUUUGUGAGUUGCUUUGAAUGAAAGCGUUGCUCUAUGCUUAAAUGUGAGUCUGUGCGCAUAACUGGACACAAAUCAAAAUCAAGUUUGUGGAAACAAAUUAUAAAGCGUUUCAUCCAUCUUAAACAGCCAGGAAGUCACAAAUCAUAAAUUCAGUUCUUGUUGUUGGGUUAUUAUUAUAACAUGUUUGUUGGUGGCAUGCUGAUCUUUUAAAGCACUUUUUAUUGUUAAAUGCCCAACACAGAAAGACAAUGAGUUACAUUAAGAAAAGAACUAGGCCCAGGGGAGAAUCUAGGAUAUAAAACCGUCAGGGGCUGAGCCUAACAUUAGGGGCUAAUGUAGGGAAUUUGGAUUAGGUUGUAAGGGGUCUUUUUUUCAAGGAAAAUAUGCUUUGCGUAAACACAUUUAUGCACUAUAUUAUCAAACACAAAAUAAUCAUAUGUAACUUUAUACAUCUGACCCAUUGUUAUCUAUGUCUAGCUAAUCACUGAUGGAAUCAUCAAAGAGUAUCUUCCAGACUUGACUUGAGCAAAAAGAAGCAUAUGGUAAUGUUUGUAAUGCGUUAGUGCUUUCACGUUUAUGAGCUGGGCAAUAAUAAUGCAUGAAAUUAACAGUCAGUUCCUUAAGGAUUUUUCCUUGUUUGUAAAUUGUGUAAAUAUUUGUAAUGUUUUUUUACAACUUUAAUUACUUAAAUACUAAAAGUAUUUAUAUGAAUAGAAAUACUUAAUAACUAUAAUUGAAAAUGCUUAACCUAAUAUAAAUAAAAAAUGAAAGGUUUUGAAGUAAAUUUUUAAGUAAAGCAAACAGCCAGUGUCCUAAUAACUGCUGGUGUGACUGAGCUGCUAGCGCUUUAAGACUUGACUUAAGACUUAACAACAUUCCAAAAACGUUCUUUUAAGGUUUUAUUUUUUGC